GCGCUCUUUCUCAUGUUCGCUCCUCUGUUCCUCACUCUGCUUUAAUGGAUGCCCCCAGUCCCACUCACGGGUUGGGCGUGGAACGCAAUGCCAAUCCCACCUCCAACCCUCCACCUUUCCUUUUUUGCAAAUCCCAAAAUUACAAAUUACAAAUUACUUUUUCAUAAUUAAAUAUCAAUUCUGUACGCAAUUAAAGACCUUUAUUAUCAAUUUAGAUAAUUUUUUCAAAAAAUCUUCCUGCAAACUACAUAAAUUAUAAACAACAGCGGGAGCUACAGAGAGAGAGAGAGGUGGGGAAAGAGAGAGAUGAAGCAUUGGGGUGUGGGUUUAUGGGUUCUUCUUCUUCUUCUUCCUCUGUUAAUUGAAGAACAGAGGAGCAUUGCUGAGGGAGGAGGAACAGGGGACGGGUUUGUGAAAACCAAUGGAGUACAGUUUGUGUUCAACGGGAGUCCUUACUACGCAAAUGGGUUCAAUGCGUAUUGGUUAAUGUACGUCGCUGCGGAUCCUUCGCAGAGGAGCAAAGUCACCUCCGCCUUCCAAGAAGCGCAGAGCUACGGGCUCACGGUGGCCAGAACCUGGGCUUUUAGCGACGGUGAUUCCGAUCGCCUCCUCCAGUACUCCCCUGGUUCUUACAAUGAACAGACUUUCCAGGGGUUGGAUUUUGCAAUAUCGGAGGCUCGGAAAUACGGGAUCAAGCUUGUGCUGAGCCUGGUGAAUAACUAUGAAAACUUUGGGGGGAAGAAACAGUAUGUGCAAUGGGCAAGAAAUCAGGGGCAGCCUGUGUCCUCAGACGAUGAUUUCUUCACCAAUUCUGUCGUGAAGGGAUUCUACAAGAACCAUAUUAAGACUGUUCUGACGAGAUCUAAUAGCCUGAAUGGAGUUGCUUACAAGGAUGACCCAACGAUAAUGGCGUGGGAACUGAUGAAUGAGCCAAGGUGCUCUUCGGAUUCAUCAGGAAAGAUCAUACAGGAUUGGAUCACAGAGAUGGGUUCCUACGUCAAGUCCAUAGACGGAAAUCACCUACUCGAAGUUGGUCUCGAAGGAUUCUACGGAGCCUCGUUACCUCAGAGGCAGCAAUACAAUCCCAAUGUUCAAGCAGGAACCGAUUUCAUUGCCAACAAUCAGAUCCCCGGCAUUGAUUUCGCCACUGUUCACUCUUAUCCCGAUCAAUGGUUAUCCGGAUCGAGUGACGAGGACCAGCUCAAAUUCUUGAACGAUUGGGUGAACACUCACAUUCAAGAUGCGCAAACCGUACUCAAGAAGCCAGUUCUCUUCGCGGAGUUCGGGAAAUCGUCGAAGGACGGGGAUUUCAGCACCUACCAGAGGGAUCAGCUGUUCAACUCGGUCUACUCCGCCAUCUAUUCGUCGGCCAGCGGCGGAGGCGCUGCCGCCGGCGGCAUGUUCUGGCAACUUCUGGCGGAGGGAAUGGACAACUUCCGAGAUGGGUACGAGAUAGUUUUGAGCGAGAGCAGCUCGACGGCGAGGAUCAUCGCGGAGCAGUCGCAGAAACUUGAGAAAAUCCGAAAGAUGUAUGCCAGGCUGAGGAACAUAAAGAAGUUGAAGAGAGCGAAGGCGAUGAGGAGGAAUCAGUGGUGGGCGGGGAACAACAACAUAGGGAAUUGAAGAGAUUAAUGAUAUACAUACACAUAGAUAUAUUAACAUAGUUCAAUUUGUUUGACAUGGUUUUGGUUUGAGGGAAAGACAUGUUGUUUUAAAGGCACAGCUUUAACAUGAGUCUUGGUUUUUAUUGUGUUUGGACUCGAGUUGCAAACCUAUGAAAGGUAGUGUUUAGAAAUAUAAAUUUUAAGUUUCGGAUUUAUGUUUUUAAAUAAAGUUUAAUAUAAUUUUAUC